AUGGAGCCCCGGGCUGCCGCGGCCGGCGAGCCCGAGCCUGCGGCGGCGUCCUCCUCCUCCUUCCAGGCCCGGCUCUGGAAGAACCUGCAGCUGGGGGUGGGCAAGAGCAAGGGCGGCGGGGGCGGUCGCGCGGGGGGCCCGGAGCGCCGCACUGCGGACACCCCAUCGCCCUCCCCGCCGCCCCCCAGGGGGACGCGGGACGCCCUGGCCGGCGUGGGUGGCGCGGGGAGCAGGUGGAGCGGCUUCAAGAAGCGGAAGCAAGUGCUGGACAGAGUCUUCUCCUCCUCUCAGCCCAACCUGUGCUGCUCCUCGCCGGAGCCCCUCGAGCCCGGCGGCGCGGGCAGAGCGGAGCAGGGGUCCACACUGCGCCGCCGGAUCCGCGAGCACUUGCUCCCCGCCGGAAAGGGGCCCGCAGCAGCCGCCGGAGCAGCCGGCGUGACGCCUCCUGCUGGACUCUCCCCCGACUCGGCUCCCUCUUCUUCCGCCUCGUCCUCCCUGUCCUCCUCGCCCCAGCCGCCCCCGAGGGGGGACCACGCCCGAGAUGAGGGUACACGGCAUCGGGGCCCCGGGGCGCACUUGUGCCAUCAGAAGAGCUCUUCUCUGCCGGGCACCGCCUGCCUGGAGCAGUUGCUGGAGCCGCCGCUGCUUCCUGCUGAGCCAGCGCAGAGCCCCGCGGAGCCCCGGACCCCGGAGAAGGACGAGGAGCACGGCAGCAGCCAGAAAAUAAAUACUGCUGGAACCAGUAAUGCAGAUGUUCCUUUGCCUGAUCCCGGAAUGUACCAGUUGGACAUUACAUUAAGAAAGGGCCAAAGUUUAGCUGCUCGAGAUCGAGGAGGGACAAGUGAUCCAUACGUGAAGUUUAAAAUUGGAGGCAAAGAAGUUUUUAGAAGUAAAACAAUACACAAGAACCUCAAUCCUGUGUGGGAGGAAAAAGCUUGCAUUCUUGUUGAUCACCUUAGGGAGCCAUUGUAUAUAAAGGUAUUUGACUAUGAUUUUGGACUACAGGAUGACUUCAUGGGUUCAGCCUUUCUGGAUCUCACACAAUUGGAAUUAAACAGGCCCACAGAUGUGACCCUAACUCUGAAAGACCCCCAUUAUCCUGACCAUGAUCUUGGGAUCAUUUUGCUCUCAGUCGUUCUUACCCCUAAAGAAGGAGAACCCAGGGAUGUGACAAUGCUAAUGAGGAAGAGUUGGAAAAGAUCAAGUAAGGAACUCUCAGAAAAUGAAGUGGUUGGAUCUUAUUUCUCUGUGAAGUCUUUCUUUUGGAGGACGUGUGGCAGGCCUGCUCUUCCUCUCCUGGGAUUCUGCAGAGCAGAGCUUCAGAGUCCUUAUUGCCAAAAUGCACAAUUUCAGACCCAAAGUUUACGUCUGUCAGACCUGCACAGAAAGUCACAUCUUUGGAGGGGAAUAGUCAGCAUCACCUUGAUUGAGGGGCGAGACCUCAAGGCAAUGGAUUCCAAUGGGUUGAGUGACCCCUAUGUGAAGUUUCGACUUGGGCAUCAGAAGUACAAGAGCAAGAUUAUGCCAAAAACUUUGAAUCCUCAGUGGAGGGAACAAUUUGAUUUUCAUCUCUAUGAAGAAAGAGGAGGAAUCAUUGAUAUCACAGCAUGGGACAAAGAUGCCGGAAAAAGGGAUGAUUUUAUUGGCAGGUGCCAAGUCGACCUGUCGGCCCUCAGUAGGGAACAGACGCACAAGCUGGAGUUGCAGCUGGAAGAGGGUGAGGGACACCUGGUGCUGCUGGUCACUCUGACAGCAUCGGCCACAGUCAGUAUCUCUGACCUCUCCGUCAACUCCUUGGAGGACCAGAAAGAACGAGAGGAGAUAUUAAGGAGAUAUAGCCCACUGCGGAUAUUUCACAACCUGAAAGAUGUGGGAUUUCUCCAGGUUAAAGUGAUCAGAGCAGAAGGGUUGAUGGCUGCUGACGUCACAGGUAAAAGUGACCCAUUUUGUGUGGUAGAACUGAACAACGAUAGGCUGCUAACACACACUGUCUACAAAAAUCUCAAUCCUGAGUGGAACAAGGUCUUCACAUUCAAUGUUAAAGAUAUCCAUUCAGUUCUUGAAGUGACAGUUUACGAUGAAGAUCGGGAUCGAAGUGCUGACUUUCUGGGCAAAGUUGCUAUACCAUUGCUGUCUAUUCAAAAUGGUGAACAGAAAGCCUACGUCUUGAAAAACAAGCAGCUGACAGGGCCAACAAAGGGGGUCAUCUAUCUUGAAAUAGAUGUGAUUUUUAAUGCUGUGAAAGCCAGCUUACGAACAUUAAUACCCAAAGAACAGAAGUACAUUGAAGAGGAAAACAGACUCUCUAAACAGCUGUUACUAAGAAACUUUAUCAGAAUGAAACGUUGUGUCAUGGUGCUCGUCAAUGCUGCAUACUACGUUAAUAGUUGCUUUGAUUGGGAUUCACCCCCAAGGAGUCUUGCUGCUUUUGUGCUCUUUCUCUUUGUUGUCUGGAACUUUGAGCUCUACAUGAUACCGCUGGUUUUGUUGUUACUAUUGACAUGGAACUACUUCUUGAUAAUAUCAGGAAAAGAUAACAGGCAACGUGAUACAGUAGUGGAGGACAUGCUAGAGGACGAGGAAGAAGAAGAAGACAAAGAUGACAAGGACAGUGAAAAAAAGGGAUUUAUAAAUAAAAUCUAUGCCAUCCAGGAGGUAUGUGUCAGUGUCCAGAACAUCCUAGAUGAAGUGGCUUCCUUUGGCGAAAGGAUAAAGAAUACUUUCAACUGGACUGUCCCAUUCUUAAGCUGGCUGGCCAUUGUAGCCCUCUGUAUGUUCACAGUCAUCCUGUACUUCAUUCCACUGAGAUACAUUGUCCUUGUCUGGGGCAUCAAUAAAUUUACAAAAAAGCUUCGGAGUCCAUAUGCAAUUGAUAACAAUGAACUACUUGAUUUCCUUUCCAGAGUCCCUUCAGAUGUACAAGUGGUGCAGUACCAAGAACUGAAACCAGAUCCUUCUCAUAGCCCAUAUAAAAAGAAGAAAAACAAUCUUGGCUAG